UUCUCUUCCCAGACCCUUUUGGGGGGGCCUGUCUCCCAUAUCAGCCUCUGGCUAGUAGGUAUGUGGUGGACAUGAAGCUCCUGCCUUCUUUCAUUGGUCCUUCCCCUCUCUCUUUCUCCCCACUCUGAAGCCUCCUGGCUGCUCUGAGCAGGGUGGGGGUGGGAUCCUACUACUCUGUCUCCACCCUCCGCCCACCUCCCCAAGUGUCUGUUUUAUCAGCCUUCCUCCCCCGUGACUAGCGGGAUUGGGACUGGGGCAGCAGGUGCUGAGUGGGGGUCUCUUGUUGUUCCAGGGGCUGGUGAGCUUCGAGGAUGUGGCUGUGUAUUUCACUAAGGGGCAGGGGGCUCUGCUGGACCCCACUCAGAGAGCCCUCUACAGGGACGUCAUGCAGGAGAACUACGAGACGGUGACCUCGCUGGCAGGAUUCCCCCUUCCCAAACCUGAGCUGAUCGCCCAGCUGGAGCACGGGGAAGAGCCGUGGGUCCCGGAUCUCCAGGCCUGCGAGGGAAGGGAGAGCCCGAGAGCUGCCCGCACUGCAGGUGAUGGGAUGGUGAGUGAAAACACAGAGGAGAAUCUGCAGCAGGAAGGUCCUGAGCAAGUGGAACCAUGUGGGAUGUUAUCGGAAAGAUCUGAAGGGAGUUUUUCCCAGAGGCAUGAGCGGCGAAAAGCCUGGGGAAAUGGGCACAAGCCAGAGAGGCAGCUGGGAACCCAUCCAGGGCAGAAAGUGGGUAAAUCCACUGAUAAUGGGGGAGUUUGCAAAGACCCCAAGGAAAUCAGAGCCCAGCAGAGAAUCCCAUCAGGAGUGAGAGACAACACAUGCGCCGAGUGCGGGAAAAGCUUCAAUUGGAGCUCCAACCUUAUUUCACAUCAGAGACUCCACACUGGAGACAGGCCUUUUAAAUGCCUUGAGUGUGGGAGACGUUUUAAUCAGCGAGAGCACCUCGUUAGGCAUCAGAGGCUCCACACGGGAGAAAAGCCCUAUAAAUGCCUGGAUUGCAGGAAAAGCUUCAUUCAGAGCUCACAGCUUAUUACACACCAAAGAGUCCACACAGGCGAGCGACCCUACGAGUGCGCUGAAUGUGGGAAAAUGUUUAGUGAUGGCUCCGCCUUUAUUAACCAUCAGAGAAUCCACACAGGAGUUAAACCCCACAAAUGCCUCGACUGUGGGAAAAGCUUCAAUCGGAGCUCAACCCUAGUUAGACACCAGAGAACCCACACAGGAGAGAGACCCUUUAUAUGCCUGGAGUGCGGGAAAAAGUUUAGUGACAGUUCAGCCCUCAUUGGGCAUCAGAGACUCCACACUGGGGAUAAACCCUUUAAAUGCUCUGACUGUGGGAAAAGUUUCUUUCAACUCUCACGGCUCCUUGCACAUCAGAGAAUCCACACGGGCGAGAACCCCUAUAAAUGCCUCGAGUGUGGGAAAAGGUUUAAUGACAACUCAAACCUUAUUACACACCAGGUUAUCCACACCGGAGAGAGACCCUACAAAUGCCUGGACUGUGGGAAAAGCUUCAGUCGCAGCUCGCAUCUUAUUACGCAUCACAGAACCCACACUGGAGAGAGACCCUAUAAAUGCCUGGACUGUGGGAAAAGCUUCAAUCAGAGCUCAAACCUAAUUACACAUCAAAGACUCCAUACAAGAAAGAAACCUUCGGGCGACAGGAUGGUGAGAGAAGAUGAGGAAGAGAAUCCAUGGCAGGCAGGCUGUGAGGAGCCAAAACCCCAUGGGGCAUCAUCCAGAUGCUCCAAAGAAGACAUUGCAUCAAGCCUCCAGCAGGAAAAAGCCUCUGAGAGUCAGCACAGGGCAGAAAGGCAGCAGGGAAAGCAGCCAGGGAAUAAAGGGUGUCAAGCCAUUAGUUCUAGUAGAGGUGGAAAGGACAUCCGGGAAACCUCAAUGCAGCAGAGAACCCAUACAAGAGGGGAAAAAAACGCACCCACCGAAUGUGAGAAAAGAUUCAACAUGAGCAAACAGCUUGGUAGAUCUCAGACCCUGCACCCGGGAGAGAAGCCAUAUAAAUGCCAGGAGUGCGGGAAGAGUUUCAAUCAGAGCUCCAACCUUAUUCUGCACCAACGAACGCACACGGGGGAGAGGCCCUACAAAUGCCUCGACUGCGGGAAAAGUUUCAAUCGGAGCUCGAGCCUCGUCGUGCAUCAGAGAAUCCACACGGGAGACAAACCCCACAAAUGCACCAAGUGCGGGAAGAGUUUCAUUCAGAGCUCAAACCUGACGACGCACCAAAAAAUCCACACGGGAGAAAAGAACUGUCAGUGCCCAGAGUGUGGGAAAAUGUUCAGCGACAACUCAGCCCUGAUUAAGCACCGAAGAAUCCAUUCGGGACAGAAACCCUAUAAAUGCCCGGAAUGCGGGAAAGGGUUUAGUGACAGCUCAACCUGUAUUCGACACCAGAGAACCCACACGGGAGAGAGACCCUACAAGUGCCUGGACUGUGGGAAAAGCUUCAAUCUGAGUUCCAACCUAGUUACGCACCGGAGAAUCCACACGGGGGAAAGACCCUAUAAAUGCCUCGACUGUGGGAGAAGCUUUAGUCAGAACUCGCAUCUGAUUAAACAUCAGAAAGUCCACACGAGGGUGUAUUUCACCCAGGGACAGGGGGCUCUGCUGGACCCUGGUCAGAGAUCCCUCCACAGGGACGUCAUGCAGGAGAACUACGAGAUGGUGGCCUUGCCGGUUGGUGAUGGGAUGGAGAAUGACAAAAAGGAGGAGAAUCUACAGCGGGAAGGUCCUGAGCAAGUGGCAUCUCAGGGGACCUUGUCGGAAAGAUCCAAGGGGAAUUUUCCCCAGAGUUGUGAGCAGGGAAAAAUCUGGGGGAAACAGCACAAGUCAAAGAAGCGGCUGGGCAAACAACCGAGGAAAAGAGUGGCUAAGACUCUUAAUUGCGAGGAAGGAUAUAAAAGCCUCAAGGAAACCUCAGCCCAGAAGAGAAUCCAUGCAGAAGAGAGAAAAAACACGUGCACUGAAUGUGGGAGAACCUUCAAUCGGAGCUCAAACCUGAUUUCUCAUCGGAGAACCCACACGGGAGAGAAACCCUAUAAAUGUACGGAGUGUGGGAAGAGCUUCAGUCAAACCUCCAAUCUGAUUUCUCAUCGGAGAAUCCACACUGGAGAGAGACCCUAUAAGUGUAUCGAGUGUGGGAAAAGCUUCAAUCAGAGCUCCAACCUUAUUACGCAUCAAAGACUCCACACAGGAGACCGACCCUACAAAUGCCCCGACUGUGGGGAAAACUUUAAUCAGAGUUCAGAUCUUAUGACGCACCAGAGACUGCACACAGGAGAGAGGCCCUACACGUGCACGGACUGUGGGAAAAGUUUCAUUUGCCGCUCAAACCUCAUUUCGCAUCAGAGAAUCCACACGAGAGAGAGACCCUAUAAAUGCUUAGACUGCGGGGAAAGUUUUGACUGGAGCUCACAGCUUAUUAAGCAUCAGAUCUUCCAUACGGGAGAGAAGCCAUAUAAAUGUUUGGACUGUGGGAAAAGUUUCAGUGACAGCUCCACCCUUAUUUCGCACCGGAGAAUCCACACGGGGGAGAGACCCUAUAAAUGCCUUGACUGUGGGAAAAGCUUCCAUCAGAACUCAACCCUUAUUAGGCACAGAAGAACCCACACUGGAGAGAAACCCUAUAAAUGCCUCGACUGUGGGAAACGUUUCAAUCAGAGUUCAAACCUUACCACGCAUCAGAGACUUCACAUGGCCCAGAAACCUUGAAUGUGGGAGCAGCUUAGGGUGACCAGAUGUCCUAAUUUUAUAGGCAUAGUCAUGAUAUAUGGGGCUUUGUCUUAUAUAGGUGCCUAUUAACCCCUCUACCUGUGUCCCAAUUUUUCACACUUGCUAUCUGGUCACCCUAGAGCAGCUAUAACUUGGGAUCUGAUUGUGCCAGCCAUCAGCAAAUCCAUACAGGGAAAAUACCUCUUAAAUAUCCUUACCAUGGAAAAUCCUUCAGCGUUAACGGGCUUGUCUACACUGCAGAGCCUUGCCUGGUAUAUCUCCACUGGCAGAGUGUCCUAGUGGAGAUGCAGCUUAAGCCAACAGAAGGAGAUCUGCUGAAAUGGCUAAACCACCUCCUGGAAGGACGUUUGCUAAGCCCACAGAAGCACUAGCUGUGCUUACACUGGGAUUUUUUGCCAGGAUAACUAGGUUGUCUAGGGGUGUAUGAUUUUGUCCACUGCUCGCCAACACAGAUCCAUCCAUGGUUAUUAGCCAGGAUGGGCAGGGAUGGUGUCCCUAGCCUCUGUUUGCCAGAAGCUGGGAAUGGGCGACAGGGGAUGGAUCACUUGGAAGAUUCCCUGUUCUGUUCAUUCCCUCUGGGGCCACUGUCAGCAGACAGGACACUAGGCUAGAUGGACCAUUGAUCUGACUCAGUCUGGCCAUGCUUAUGUUCUUAUGUUCAUAACUCUGCCUGCAAAAUGUUUGUAGCACAGACUAAACUGAUAUCAGACCUCAGAGACUUCACACAGGAGAUUCUACAAGUGCCAAACCAGUGUCCUAAUUCCCACAUGUAUCAGGGGCAUUUGGUUCCCAAGCAUCCAGCUGCCCAUCGCUGGGGUGAGGACAGAGCAGCGGCCAAAGCUGAGCUAAUCAGUGACCCUCUGGCUCUGCGGUUUAAGCAAACCCCAGGCAGAGGAGGAGAAGCCCCAAUCAGCCCCCGCUCCCUGCUGCAGCCCUGGCUACUGAGCUGAUGGGCCACAGGUCGGGGAGGGGAGAGAGAGAAACUCCUCCAGCCGCCUCCUCUGCCUAGCUGAAGUCCCCCCCCCCUCCGCCACUUUCCCUCCCAGCCGGGAUCUCCCUGCCAUGGAGAUGAGGAGAAGGACACUUGGGCCAGGCCCCACCUUCACUCUACACACACGUCUCCACCCCUUAUCUUCUCCCAGCCCCGGGGCUGGGCUCCCCACUUACCUAUAUAACAACAGCCAGACUGGGUCAGACCAAAGAUCCAUCUAGCCCAGUAUCAUGUCUUCCAACAGUGGCCAAUGCAGGUGUCCCCGAGGGAAUGAACAGAACAGGUGAUCAUCAAGUGAUUCAUCCCCUGCUGCCCACUACCUGGAGCUGUUCCCUGCAAGGGACGUGAACCUGACAGCUGACAAUGUGUCCACUCCCCUCUACCAGGCCCCCAGGGCGCUGGGUUCUGGGGAAUUAAAUAUUAGGAGACCCGGAAACUGGGAGACUGAAGGCUUGGGACUUGUGUAGAUAGGAACAAGGCAGGGCUCUAGGCUGGCGCUAGCUAGUGUUUGGGGAUGAUGGAGUAAGAGGGGAGGAAAGGGAUGGGCUUAGAGAGAUUCUGCUCCCUGUUGUUCACCCCUUCUGCCCUGCCCCCCUCCACGCUCAGGCAUUGACAGGGACUGAUUUCCAUACAACCCUUGGAAGAGGCCUAAAAAAGGCUAGAGGCCUAGGAAUCCCACCUCAGCCCUGGCAGCAUCAGUCUCUGGGGCUAGGAAAUGUGGUCUGGGUUCAACUGGAGUUAGCGAGCAUGUUUCCCUCUGAUCCGGGUCAAACUUUAGCCAUUGUUCCUGACUGAGCCUGAACAUCUGAGGGUUACAGUGGACAAGAAGCUGGAUAUGAGUCAGCAGUGUGCCCUUGUUGCUAAGAAGGCUCAUGGCAUAUUGGGCUGCAUUAGUAGGAGCGUUGCCAGCAGAUCCAGGAAAGUGAUUAUUCCCCUCUAUUCGGCACUGGUGAAGCCAUAUCUGGAGUAUGGCACCCAGUUUUGGACCCUCAAUACAGAAAGGAUGUGGACAAAUUGGAGAGUGUCCAGUGGAGGGCAACAAAAAUGAUUAGGGGGCUGGAGCACAUGACUUAUGAGGAGAGGCUGAGGGAACCGGGUCUUAUUUAGUUUGCAGAAGAGAAGAGUGAGGGGGGAUUUGAUAGCAGCCUUCAACUACCUGAAGGGGGGUUCCAAAGAGGAUGGAUCUAGGCUGUUCUCAGUGGUGGCAGAUGACAGAACAAGGAGCAAUGGUCUCAAGUUGCAGUGGGGGAGGUCUAGGUUGGAUAUUAGGAAACACUAUUUCACUAGGAUGGUGGUGAAGCACCGGAAUGGGUUACCUAGGGAAGUAGUGGAAUCUCCAUCCUUCGAAAUUUUUAAGGCCCGGCCUGACAAAGCCCUGGCUGGGAUGAUUUAGUUGGGAUUGGUCCUGCUUUGAGCAGGCGGUUGGACUAGAUGACCUCCUGAGGUCUUUUCCAACCUUAACCUUCUAUGAUUCUGUGAUCUCAUUUAUAGCAGCACCUCCUUUAGAGACGUGAUGGUUACAGGCACCAAGUUCCCCUUUGUCAGGACAGAUUGUGUCAUUUCAAGUGAUUCUCAACUCGCUCUGGCUUGUGCUGAGGAGAAUUUAUGUUUCUACCUUUUGUAUUUUAUGAAGCAGAAUUGAAUAGAUUAUAAAAUAGCUGGAGCGGGGACAGAAAAGUGCAUUGACUCAGCUUGUGGGUUACUGGAGGGUGAUGGGAUGAGUGAAAGAAAGUUCCUCCCUCACCAAGUUGAUUCCCCACCCCCUAUUAGUUCACAGAUUGUUUAUCCUCCCCACAUUCCACCCUUCCACCUCCCAAAGUGUUGGCUUUCCAUGCACUUUGAUCCUAAAUCAGACUCGGGGCUGGAGAUGAAAGUGUCACAGAUCUGGAAGAGGAAUGCAUUUGAAUCCCAGACACGGGUGUGAUCCUUCCGAAUUGAAAUCCCAGUUUCCAUCUGUUGAUAAAAUGGCUUCUGCUUCUGGGCUUUUUUCCUUGCAAAGUUCAAAUUGUUUGCAGACAGGAAGCUUGGGGGAUUUUUUGUUUUCCUUUCAUUAUGAUGGUGCUAAAAUGUUGUCAACAAUACAACCGAUGAGGCACAAAGUGAAGGAGAUGUAGCCAGUUUAAAAAGGAACACGGGCCAGAAUGGUCUCCUGUAUUUGAGUCAGAUGCGACAUGCUCUUGGAUUUCAACUGAUGUGAACUUGAAAUUGGAUUUUCAUCGCUUGUACUUUUGGGCUUCUCUCUUUCCUGAAGACGUUUGGAUCAUAUACUUGGAUAUUAGUUUGGCUUGGUAGGAUGUACAAUGGAUUUAUUGGAUACCUGCCUCUGCCAACUGAACAUUUGCCAGAAUAGUCCUUUCUCAUUUGUUUUUUUUUUAUUGCUUCCCCACUCUUCGCCAUGUGCCCUUAGGGUUGUUCGAACAAUGACAAUUAUAAAUAAGGAUCCACAUA